AUGCAAGUAGUAGGAUUUUCCAGUAAUUCAUCCAAUACUGGCGAUCCUACAACUACAACAACCAGUAAUAAUAAUAACAGCACUAGCACUAAUGAAACUAAUAAUACUGUAUUUGGUCCUGUUUUUAUUGGUCCAGAGCGAAUGAAUUACGAUAUUACUAACAAUACUGGUAUUAAUAUUCCAAGUGGAACUAACGGCUCUUCACAUCAUUUCAGGCCUCUAGAUGAAAUAUUUUCUUAUAUUGAAGAUGAAAUGUCUAAAUUACGUAAAAGAUUAGAAGAUAAUGAAUCUGAUGAAAAUGACAUUGAUAUCGAUAAUGUUGAGUUUAUUAAUGUUAGUUCUAGUUGCGUUGCUGGAACUGCUCCUGAAGGUUAUUAA